AUGGCCUUCGUCUCUACAUUCUUAGUGUCUAACAUCCACUGUCCUUCCUGCGUUACCUAUGUCCAGGAUGUCCUACGUGAGAUACCCAACAUCCACUCAGUACAAAUUUCGUUAAUCGAUCAAACAAUCCGUGUGAAACAUGCGCAUGACAAAACACGGGACCUCAUCACCAACGAGCUGCUGAAGGCAGCAUUCGAGGUUCAGCAUGUUACCACUGUGGGAGAACACGGCGUCAAGACGCGUGAUUACGAUGUGUCACCACCUCCGGUAAAGGCUUCGUUAGGACGGUCAAAAUGGCUCAUGUCCCGCGCGCAACGCAAGCAUAUCGAAAAUUGCAAAGCAUGUCAAGGCAAAAGAGAGAGGACUUCUGUUAAACGACGGCCCUGGGCUGCAAUUACCCGGCUAAGGCGAAUGGAUACACGCCAUUCGAAGCCUCCAAAGUCAGAGGAUACUGCAACAUCUGACGAUAUAUUGGUGGAAGACCAUCCUGCUGUGAUAGGUUUUGAUGGUACCCACGAAGGCCAGGAUCACGCCGACUAUGUUGCGACGAUUGUCAUUGGGGGUAUGACCUGCGCUUCAUGCAGUGGGAAUAUAACAAAAGAAUUGAACGACCUCGACUUUGUACAAUCUGCUGAUGUUAGUUUGAUGACUAAUAACGCCAGAGUGGUUUUCUCGGGACAAAAGGCUCUGUCAGCAAAACUCGUUGAAGCGAUUGAGGAUAUUGGCUACGAGGCCUCGAUUGAAGAUGUUGUCCCUCUCACGCAAAACCGGUCCGCUUCGGAGGUCGGAACCACAGAGUUCAGAGUAACCUUGAGCAUUGACGGCAUGUCUUGUGGCAGCUGUGUCGGUACCAUUACUCGAGGUCUUGAAGAGCUCCCAUUCGUACGAUCAGUCAACGUCGAUUUACUUGGUCAUCGUGGCGACAUUGUUUUCCUGGACAAGCAAAAUGUCGAUGCGGUAUUGGCCACGGUCGAAGCCAUGGGCUAUGAUGUAGCUGUGGUGCGACUGGAAUCUAAUAACGCCACCGUAGAAAGCAUCCCGUCCGAGAGAACAGUACAGAUCAAAGUCGAGGGGAUGUAUUGUGAACUUUGUCCGGACAACAUCGUAGCUGGCUUACAGAGUGUUCUACCAGCUAAAGACGAUUCAACCUAUACCAUAUCACACCUGCCAACACUUCGGAAUCCCGUUCUUACUAUUAAGUAUCGGCCAGCCCCUCCCGAAAUCUCGGUGCGCAGUUUCAUCUCGGCCAUCAACAAGUCAGACCCUGCAUUGAAGGCCAGCGUCUAUCAUCCUCCCACGCUUGAGGAACGGUCGCGCCGACUUCAACGACGUGAACAGAAAGCUAUUCUACUCCGACUGGCGUUCACGGCUGUUGUCGCGAUACCAACUUUCAUUAUUGGAGUGGUGUACAUGAGCCUUGUACCCAAAUCUGAUCAGACCAGGCGGUGGUGGGAAGAGCCGAUUUGGGCAGGCAACGCAAUGCGAAUGGAAUGGGCAUUGUUCUUUAUGACCACUCCAGUCAUGCUUUUUGGAACGGACGUUUUCCACAGGAGAGCCUUGAAAGAGAUCCGAUCUCUGUGGAGACGAUCUAGUAAAGUGCCUAUCCUGCGGCGGUUCUAUCGGUUUGGAAGCAUGAACUUGCUGAUCAGUGCUGGAGCUGCAGUGGCCUACUUCUCAUCCCUGGCCGUCCUGAUUAUGGACGCAACGUCUCCUCGAGAUAUGGAGAAUCACCGCUCGACUGAUACAUAUUUUGAUACGGUCACAUUUCUGACAUUUUUCAUUCUGAUUGGACGUUUCUUGGAAGCCUACAGCAAAGCCAAAACGGGUGAUGCUGUCGCCAUGCUGUCCAAACUACGACCCUCGGAUGCUUUACUGGUGGAGAGCAACACACAAGAAGGCCUUGAACAUGCGCAGACCACCAUCUCCUCGAUCCCGGUGGAUCAAUUAGAACUAGGCGAUGUUGUCCAAAUCCCACAUGGCGCGUCACCGCCCACCGACGGCAUUGUCGAUCAGGAAGGAACAUUCUUAUUCGAUGAGAGCUCUCUUACUGGAGAGUCAAGACCUGUCAGAAAGUCCUCUGGUGAAGAAGUGUACACCGGUUCACUAAACAUCGGUGACCCUGUACGAGUCAGAAUCACCGAGGUUGGUGGUACAUCGAUGCUCGACAAGAUCGUCAAUGUCGUCCGUGAGGGUCAAGCCAAACGUGCACCCAUUGAACGAGUUGCAGACAUUAUCACGGGAUACUUUGUGCCGGUUAUCACUCUCCUAGCCAUUAUUACUUGGGUCAUCUGGUUGGGCUUGGGUGAGUCCGGGAGACUACCACAAGCAUGGCUGGACGUCCAGAAAGGGGGUUGGCCAUUCUGGUCCCUCGAAUUUGCAAUUGCUGUUUUCGUGGUCGCUUGUCCCUGCGGUAUUGGACUAGCAGCGCCAACUGCACUCUUUGUUGGUGGUGGUCUUGCGGCUAAACAUGGCAUUCUCGUCCAAGGAGGUGGCGAGGCAUUUCAAGAAGCUUCAAGACUCAACACCAUCGUCUUUGACAAGACGGGGACGCUGACUGAAGGGCAGAUGAGGGUAACAGAUGUUCAGUAUCUCGGCCAAAACGGAAACAUCGUUCCCGAUGUAGAUUCAAACGUGGUUCUGGCAGCAUCACGCAUUCUCGAAGAAUCCAGCACUCAUCCCAUUGCUAAAGCUAUCACACAGUACUGCGCAGAGCACGCACGAGAUUUGGAGAUACAGUCUGAGGAGAUCAAAGAAAUGCCCGGGCAAGGCAUGACGGGACGUUUUAGCGUCAAAACGGGAGCGAGUUCUUCACUGUACGAGGUGGGACUGGGAAAUGAACGACUCCUCAGGACAAUCGGCACGCAAUACACGUCCUCGAGGUCAUCCUCGGCCCCAAGCAUGGAGGAAAAGCAAGCUGUCACAAAUGACUAUUAUUUCGAUCAACUUUUGCAAAGGCAUCAAACGUUGGGUCAUUCAAUUGCCAUUGUCGCCAUGAGGAGGAUCUCGAACCAGGCAGUAGACGAAAAAGCAGUAGACGAAGAAGGUCCGCCCGAGGCAUACCUACCUGUGGCCAUCUUCGCUAUCGCCGAUCCCGUGCGGAACGAGGCACCACGCAUAUUGAAGUCGCUUCAAGACUCUGGAGUGGACGUACACAUGUGUACUGGAGACAACCGAAUCACGGCCCUUGCGAUCGCAUCGCAGCUGGGCAUCCCAGUCAGCAAUGUCCGGGCUGGUGUCCUUCCACAAGACAAGGCAGCCUAUAUUCAGGAGCUGCAAGGCGUGUCUGGGUCUAGGAAUCCUGGCAAGACCUCAUCCCGCCAGAUUGUGGCAUUUGUGGGCGAUGGAACCAAUGACACUCCCGCUCUUGCAGCUGCGGAUGUAUCAAUUGCCCUCUCAUCUGGGUCUGACGUGGCAAUCACAACUGCUUCUUUCAUUCUGCUCAACUCUGAUCUCAGCACAAUCCUGUCUCUUGUGAGGCUGGCGAAACGUGUUUUUCUCCGCGUCAAACUCAACUUUGCGUGGGCAGCAGUAUACAAUCUGUGUCUGGUUCCUGUGGCCGCGGGGGUGUUCUACGCCAUUGGAGCCAACCAUGAUCAUGGAGGAUGGAGAUUGGGACCUGUCUGGGCCAGUGUGGCGAUGGCAGCCAGCAGUGUCAGUGUUGUCACCAGUAGCUUGGCACUGAAGCUGCCGGAACUGAGCUGGGGAGGUGGACGUCGUUGA